UUACUUUCUGGCCUAGGUGGCUACAUUUGCACUGCAGCUGGUCUCUCCCAUAGCCCGGAUAAUCUAUACGAUGCCAUGUUCUCUAGCCUGAAGCAGGUGCUUAAUGUGGAAGUCUAAAUAUGGAGAGCUCGAUUGCAGCAACAGAUUCCGCUUUGCCUGAGUCGACUUUUUCAUGGAGUGAAGGAUGUAAUCAACUGUCGGCUGAGCAUGACAUGCAUCGAUGUCAUUCCAACUGCAAUCUGUCUCCCGUAUAAGGCUUUCACCGACAACAAGCACUGUUUUGCAAGAACAUUGCUGAACUGCAAAUUUUUCUUUCUGGAUGCCAAUUUCUCGCACAUUCAUGCAGUAGUCAAGGCUCGACGUCAGAUGGACAUGAAAUUCAUGAGUUAACACCAAAGAAAUUGCAAUUGUACUCUUCAUCUUUAUUAUUUGAUACAGAGAGUAAUAAUAUUGAGUCGCUUCGUCUACCUCUUCAUCAAAUUCUUAUCUUUUUGUACUACAGCUGCUUUCGUGGCUGAAUAAGGGUAUAACAAAUGCAGAUAAGUAUGAUG